AUGAAAUUUCAAUCGAUUUUCAUACUACUAAUUCAAAUCAAUUUUUCUUGUGGGGAUUUUAUCAAAUCUGGAAAAUUGACAGAUAACGAAAAUGAGUAUAGGCUUAAGACUUGUGGAAUGGAGGGUCUUCCUAUCCCAUCCUCUGAACCCACUCUCACCAAUACCAGUGACACGUGGAUGUGGUAUUCUGAGUCCAAAUCUUCAAAUCGAUAUUCUGGAGCCACUCUAAUUUCCUCUAGACAUUUCUUAACAAUUUCCAACAACAUUCUCAAAGAUAAAAUGGUUUGGAUACAUAAUGGAUCAAAUUUCACCCCGAAAUGUUUGGGAAACAAUUUAAACCAAGAAGUUCCUCAAGAUGUGGUGAACACCCUAAAUCUGAUAUCCUUCGAUUGUCCUCCUUCUGAAAAUUCGAACUGCAAAAAUAGAACGGCAAAGCCUGUGAAAGCAUAUUUAUUAAAUAUUUGUGAUCCUUACGUGAAGAAAUGGUUUCACAUAAUUCAUUCUCCAAUGAUAGUUGAGGUGAAAGAGGUUUAUGCGAAAAGUACACCUUGUCUAGAUGGCAGCAUUUCCAGUUUUGGAGAUAUCUACUCUUAUCGGUUUUGGUCAAAUAAGGGAUUCAUAGGGAUGAGUGUGAAGGUCAACAAAACUCAUAGGAAUUCCCUUGUUGUUACUGAAUUCACAAAUAAUUGGACAGACAGAGGUGGACCCCUUAUCAGUGUCAAAAAUGGAAAAUGGUCAGUUAUCGGAUACGAUGCAACAGGUGCUACUCUGAAGAAAGGAACUUUCCUUAAAUGGUUCUAUCGCGUCCAACGGCUGAAGAACGGGAUAUGUGAGGUUUCUGGAGUUUGUGAUCGUAUGAUGACAUCGGCUCCAACCACGACGACUUCUACAACUGAAUUGACGACUACGGUAACGUCUUCUGGAUCUUCAGAAAAUUUGAAAACUACAACACUUCCGACUAACUUGGAACCAGAAUACGAUUACGAUGAAUACGAGGACUACCCGACGAAUUCGGAAUAUUUGGAAUUGGAUUAUAAAUUUUUGAUGGAUACGGUCGCCGGAAGCUCUUUCAGAAAUAUAAAGAUUUUCGUUUUUCUAAUACUUUUCUUUGUAAUAUAA